GUUUAAAAGUCUCAGAAGAUCUUCUUUGGAGUACAUUGAAUCACUGACAGGACUUUUUGCAAGAGGAAGGGCAAAAAGAGAAAAGCAUCAAAAAGGCAAAAAAGUCAAAAAAAACGCUUCUGGUGAGUCAAAGUUCAUCUGAAACAUGGGUAUAUACUAUAUACUGCAGGAGCAUGCCCUAGCGGCUAUGAGGCGACAGUUGAAGCUGCUGGAUUGUGAUUUUCCGUGUGCCAGUGAAGAGCAUGAAGGGCGUCACGACGUCAAGAUGAAAGACUAUGAGGAUUCAUUGUACAGCAGCGCAGAUGAGGAAGUCGAGGAGUGUAGCGUCAGGCUUGAACUUGAAGAGGACGUGGAGCGUGGCGAGCAGCCUGAGGUUCAGGAGCGAAGACUUGCGUGCAAUGAUAUUUUUCUUACUCCUAAUUGUCUCCUCUACGAUAUCAGGGUGGAUAAGCAGAUGGAUCCUUGUAGCUCCGAGAUAGGAGGACUGGUGAUCCAGGAGAUAGAGCAGGAAGUUGGCACUCAUACUCCAUCGUCAGACAGUGUGCUAGAGAUAUCGCACCAUGCAGAACAGCAUGAUGGAGAUGAAGUUGUGGUGGAAAGCAGAACGACCAACAAAGGACUGAUUACAUUUUCAGAACGUGAUCAGAAUCAUCAGAUGAAUAACUUGCGACAAGUGAAUGGUGCAGGUUUACAGCAGUGCAUGACACUGCUCACUCGAUCACAGACCAAGGCCAUGGACCGGAAGGUGGGAGAAUCCCUCCUGGCCUAUGAGGAACGCCUGGCGGCAUUCAUUCAGGAGGCCAAUGAUAGGGCCGCCGCCGCGGCCAAGGAACGUAAUCGGCUCGAACAAGAGGAGGAGGCCAAGCGACAGAAGGAGGAACAGGACCGGCUUCGUCAAGAAGAGGCAGACCUGCAGGCGGCAGCCGAACACCGGUCAUGCCAGCGGGAACGACUGUUCACGCGGGAGACCAUGAUCGGCGAUGAGGCCGCACAUUGGGUGGAAGUGACAUCUGCAGACGGGGCCCUGAAGACUGAGAAAGAGUUGUCAGCCCUUGCGCAGGUCUCCCACGACCUCGUGGCCACCUGCGCUCUGCAGCAGGAGGAAAUCCUUCACCUGCAGCAGACAGUGGACCAGAUGCUCGCACGGCUGCAGGCAUUGGAGAAACAGCCAGCUGCUGUAGCAGCCGCAGGGCCUUCCACCCUUACCACCCAUGUGCAAGUUUUGGAGGAUGACGUCAGCAACAUCAAACGUGUGCAUCAGGACUCUUGGACGUCGCAGCAAGCAACGAACUUGCAGUUGGAGACGCUCGACAUGCACCAUGUCCCGAGCAACGAUCGACAUCCGUGCUUGUACCACCGAUCUGGUGGUGCAUGUCAAGCAUUGCUGGACAACAUCUUGACCAGCCACGGCGUAGCAGUGUCGGAACUGCACACCAAGCUCACUUGGCAGGAGUUGACUGACGCCUGGCACAAGCGAUUCCAAGUGGAGCCGCCUGACCUGCAAGCGAUGGACAAGCUCAACAAGCUCCAUCAGAACACGCUGCUCAGUCAGGACUGGAUUACCGAGUUCCAAAGACUCGCCUCCACACCUGACCUGCCGCUUGCUUUCCGCGCCAUUAAGCACUUGUUUAUCAUGCGCUCGUGUGCAGCUCUGCAAAACGCGUUGACGCAGAUUGCAGAGACACUCGACACAUCCGACAAGCUUUUCAACACCGCGUCACGGAUCAUUCUCACGAAUAUCGAAGCCCGCAACGCCGUCCGAUCUUCCGCGACGACGAGCGGCACCCAGCCCAAGCCAAAGGUGGCUUGCAUUACUUCUACCGAGGCUGCAACACCAAACGAGGGUGAAGUGUUGGCAGCUGCCCGGGAGGGUGGCCGGCCGCGUAACAAUCACGGUCGCGACAAGACGAAGACUCAGUCCACCUCUACACCAAGCACCGGAUCAGCCGCCGAUGAACCUUGGGCACAAUACGGACUCUCGGCGAAUUCUUAUCGCACGAGACUCAAGUACCGUUACUGCCUUUGGUGCAACAGCACCAUCCACGAUGCUGCACAUUGCCCCACCAAGGGGAAACCCCGUCAGGGAAAGUAGGCGCCGCCGAGGGUGACUCGACACCUCCCUCGACGCCAUCGAAAGCGGUUGUGCGCACGGAUGUCGGGAGUCUU